CAGUAUUUAGCUAAUGCAUUUGUUUAUCAGGUGGAUUAGGUCUAUCCUAAUGCUGCAAAUAAAUUACUGGGAAAAUGAAAUAAAUUAAAGCAGGGCUGAUACAAUCAAAAGAUUAAUUUCAUUCCUAGUGAGGCACAAAGUAAGGAAAGUAGAUAAUGAAAACUAGGUGUUUAGAGUUGUUUAAUUUUUUAUAAUAUCACUGGAAAGUAUGUUUCCUUAAUAAAUUUAAUGGCAGUAUGUUAAAAAUAGAUAAGACUAUUAAAAGGUUUUUAUUGCUGCGCUUUCCUUUUUACCUGCUUCUUUGCUUCAUCCUCCCUCCUGCUUUUACAACGGGUCGGUGUGACAAGUGUGCUUUUGUUCACGUUGCCUGUUUGUCUCUUUACUUGUAAAGGGAUUUACAAAGACCUCUGGCGUCGUUUGGCUGGCAAACAGAAGCAAAUUUGUACCGGUUUAGAAAGUUGAAAUAUCUCUGUUUCGGUGUCUUAACUGCUUAGACUACCUGAAGUAAUUCCAGUUGACUGAAGAAAAAAGUUUAUAGAUGUUUAAAGCACUCAGCUUUAACUCUCCCCAGUUAGUAUUCAUCGUGGCAAUAUACUGUAUGCUGUUUCUUAUAUAAUGUAAUCUCUUCUGCGGUUUUAGAGGAGCACAUUUAAGAUCAUGAGCUUUGUUUUUCUUACUUGCUGUGUAUGAGAACUCCAGGAUUUCAUCAAGAUAUGUUGAAUCCCAUAGAUUCCCUGUUUUGUAUGAGUGUAGAGACCAUUCAGUAGUUCUUUGUGUGGCUUAUGAGUUAAUGGUCAUGACCUUCUUCGCUGCUGCACCUUUCCUGUUCUUGCUUAUCAUAUGAUAGAAGACUGAAGCCUCAGAGAUGCUCUGCCAGGAUGUUAAAAUAUGUACCUUGUGAAUGAUUGCUUGACCUGUCUUACAAACAUGAGGAGAGUUGGAUAUAUAAACUGAAGAGUUUUGAGGGAUAGCUGCAAACUCUUUUUCUUUCUGAGAGCUGUUUUUUGGAGAAGGAGCUCUUGACAGAGGUCUUUUUAAUAUAUGUUUCACUCCUUGUUCCUCUGUUGAGUGGGACUUUUGUAAACCCAUACAAUCUACCUUGUAAUCCCAAGCAACAGGAAGAGGAUCCCUGCCCCAAAGAAUUUACAGGCUGUAAUAAAUAACAACAAGUAGAUGUGUGUUGUCAAGCAAAAGAAGCAUCUGAGAUACUCCUUGUCUCUGUGAAGAGCAGCAGUUGAAGCCUGCUUUGAAACAUUACAUUGAAAUCUAGUAGACAUCGCUGUAGAGGAGCUGUUGAGGAGGAGCUGUCAGGUUAAAUGGCCCCUAGUUUGUUUCAUCGUUAGGGAGGCUGCUCCAGGAUGGGGGUUACUGUAGUGUUGAUUGAACUUCUCAGUUCUGGAAGAGAAACUAAUAGAAGGGCUCUAAGGCCUGCAGGGCAAGCAUUUAUGAUUAGCGUGAGAAGAGCAGGGAUGGGCAGAGAUGACAAAAAUCGUAGGAUGGAAAAUGGUUCUUGCAGCAGCACUGCAAGUGUAAAUGGGAAAGGCAAGAUGGUAUCUGCCAAGGUCAGGUAAAACAUAGUGGUAGUCGUGAUGUGGGACAGUGAGAAUUUGGGUGAGAAUAUUAGCUUUGUGGGUAUGAAAUGUUUAAGAGACUUGUGCAGAAAGAGACCUGUGUGAAAAGCAUGUGCAAAGUUUAGGCUGGAUAUGCAGACCUAAUGAGCAUACUGAAUCAGAAAUAAGCUGUGGGCUUUCUGGCCUGCCUGCUAUGUGGGAAAUUAUGCCUUCGUUUCAGCUGCGAUGGAAUUGUUUUGAUUAGAAUAUCUGACGUGAUGUUAUGUUUUAGUUCUAAGAGAAAAACAAUGUUGAUAACACACUGAUGUUUAUAGCUACUGCUGAGCAGUGUUGUACAGAGCAGAGGCUGUUCAUAGCCAAAGGCCCAAGGAGCUGGGAGGAACAGAAGUAGCUCAGCUGGCUUCAACUAGACAGAGGGAUAUUCCAUGCCAUGUGACACCAUGCAGGAGGAAUUUUGAAGGGGGUGGGAGUUGAUUAUUUUUUUUUCUCUUCCACUGCUUGGGAGGCAAGCUGGGCAUCAGUUGGAAGGUGGCAAGCAAUUUCUUGAGCACUACUUGUUACAUACAUUGAUAAUAUAUAUAGUCAUAGCUAUUAUCCUUUUCCUUUUUUCUGUCUUAGUAAACAGUUUUAUCUCAACCCACAAGUUCUUUUUUUUCCCCCAAUUCUCUCCUCUGUCCCACUGGGAUGAGGGGAGUGAGCAAACAACUGUGUGGUGCUUAGCUGUCUGUCAGGUUAAAUCACAACAUCAUAGUGGUUAAGGAAGGAGGUAACAAGGAAGGUCUGACCGGUAGGCUUAACAGCUCUGUUGCAGCAAUGCUUAGCUGACAGUAUAGAAGUCUCAGGAGAAAUGUCAGCAAAAAAAACAACUUCUUUACUUUGGGGGGAUAUAGUUUUAGAUUGACAAGGUGGAUCAGUGAUCUGUCUACAUAAAUACACUGUUUGGAUAAGCUGUUGCUAAUAAAGGGGCUGAGAUGUGUCAACUGAUGUGAAACUGAGAUGUCUCAAGCGUUGAAUGAUACAAAGCUCUGGAGAGCAAAGGAUAUGAUUUAGGUUGGCGUCAAGUAAAAGGUUGAAAUGAAGCAAAGGUAAGUAAACUUUGAUAUUAAAUGUUGUCUUUCUGAAAUCUGUUGCUUACAGUUUUGAAGUAAUCUAAGGAGAUGAAUCCUCACUGUAUUGGGUCUUUGAGGAUUGGAUUCAGCAUAGCUAUUUUGAACUCAUUUGGAGAAGCUUUCUUCUGUCCUUUCCUCUGUGAAUUUGUGUUUUCAUUUUGUUUGUGGCCAAACAGCGAAGGAACUGUUUAUUAGUUUCUUUGCCUCAAGACUAGCUGUAAAAAAGAGAAGGAAGAAUAAGUUAUGAGAGGCAAGCAUUUGUAUCGAUAUCUUAAAUCUGUUUGAAGUGAAAAAUGUUAUUUAUUAAAUGCAUUAUUAAAGUUCAUACAUAAAAAAAUGGAAACUCUUUAGUACUUCCAUUCUGAAUUUUAAUAUAACUGGUGAUUUAUCUGUCUGUGUUCUCAGUAAGGCUAAUGUAUGACUCUUGUAUCACAGGAGGUGGAGAAAAAGCUCGUAAGCUUCACACAUCAAGAGGAAAGUUGUUACCCAGAGAGAGAAUUGACAGACUUAUUGAUCCAGGGUCUCCAUUCCUGGAGUUCUCCCAGUUUGCAGGCUACCAGUUGUAUGGUAAUGAAGAGGUUCCAGCGGGAGGUAUUAUCACAGGCAUUGGACGAAUAUCUGGGGUGGAAUGUUUGAUUGUUGCCAAUGAUGCAACUGUCAAAGGUGGUACCUACUAUCCCAUCACUGUUAAAAAACACUUACGUGCUCAAGAAAUUGCAAUGCAAAACCAUCUGCCUUGCAUAUAUUUGGUUGAUUCUGGAGGAGCAAAUUUACCUCGGCAAGCAGAAGUGUUUCCAGAUCGAGAUCAUUUUGGUCGCAUUUUCUAUAAUCAAGCAAUCAUGUCUUCUCAAGGAAUUCCGCAGAUAGCAGUAGUGAUGGGAUCCUGUACCGCAGGAGGCGCGUACGUACCUGCAAUGGCUGAUGAAAGCAUUAUUGUUGGCAAACAGGGAACAAUAUUCUUGGGAGGACCACCACUGGUAAGCAUGGGGAGGUUUUUUGCUAACGCAGCUCAUUACGCUGCUGACUGCUCUGUACAAUUUAAACUGUUCAGCCCUAUUUUGGCAAGAUGUUUCCAGAUCUUUUGUAGGAUAUUUUGCGUUUUUUAAAUAUAUCUGAAUGCU